GAAGAAUUAAAAUUUCGGAACAGAGUUUGGUUGGUUAACUGGUCCCGCAGGUCGUUUUUUCUUGGAGUUCACUUGAAUCCUGCGAUCAAUUUGAAAGACCUACCAAGAAAACGCAGAGCAAUUUGAUCUCUGUGUCUAUAUAAUGAAGAGAUUCACGGUUUGCUGUUUCUCAAAUCGAAUCCACAAGAGCAGAAAUCGAAAUCAAGAAAAGAAACUAAAAGAAAACAUGGAGAUUUCAAGAAACUACAAUGAGGAGCUUACAAAGCAGAACAACAACAAUGUGGCAUCAAAUCUCGGUUCUAAUCUCACCAAUGUGAUUGUGAAUCAUGACUUCUCAUCGGGGAUGCAUCCGUGGCAUCCGAAUUGCUGCGAGGCCUUUGUCGUCACCGAAGGUUCUGGUGUCUCUCACGGUGUAUUAGACCCGUCAAAGUGCGGUAGCUACGUAGUUGUCACGAACCGGAAAGAAACUUGGCAAGGCUUGGAGCAAGACAUCACAAGCAGAGUGAAACCUUGUUGUCUUUACAAAGUUUCUGCAACUGUUGCUGUAUCUGGACCUGUUCAAGGAUUGGUAGAGGUUAUGGCCACUUUGAAGCUUGAAAACCAACAAUCUCCGACAAAAUAUCAGUUCAUCGCAAAAACUUGUGUCUUCAAGGAGAAGUGGGUGAGACUAGAAGGCAUGUUUUCCUUACCGAAUGUACCAGAAAAAGUUGUUUUCUAUUUAGAAGGCCCAUCACCGGGGAUUGAUCUCCUCAUACAGUAUGUUACCAUUAAGCCUGAGCUGGAACAAGAAGAGCAUGUUACAAUGGAAGAUGAGAAUAUUGUAGUGAACCCAAACUUUGAAGAUGGACUAAACAACUGGUCUGGGAGAAGCUGCAAACUUGUGUUGCAUGACUCAAUGGCUGAUGGAAGUAUAGUACCACAAUCAGGGAAAGCUUUCGCUUCAGCUACAGAACGAACACAGAACUGGAACGGUAUACAACAAGAGAUUACUGGGAAAGUUCAGAGAAAACUUGUGUAUGAAGCAACCGCGCUUGUUCGUAUAUACGGAAACAAUGUGACAAAUGCUACUGUACAAGCUACUCUAUGGGUCCAGAAUCCAAAUCAACGUGAUCAAUACAUUGGCAUUGCCAAUGUGCAGGCAACAGACAAGGAGUGGGUACAAUGUAAAGGGAAGUUCUUCCUCAAUGGUUCUGCAUCACGAGUAGUCAUUUACAUUGAAGGUCCACCUCCUGGAACCGAUAUUCUCUUGAACAGCUUAACUUUAAAACACGCCGAGAAAAUACCUCCUUUACCGGUCCCAUCUAUUGAGAAUCCUGCAUUUGGUGUAAACAUACUCACAAAUAGCCAUUUAGGCGAUGGUACUACCAAUGGCUGGUUCUCAUUAGGGAACUGCACGCUAAGCGUUGCAGAAGGGUCCCCUCGAAUACUUCCUCCUAUGGCAAGGGACUCGCUUGGACCACACGAGCCACUAAGUGGCCACUAUAUGCUAGUGACUAACCGAACACAGACAUGGAUGGGUCCAGCUCAAAUGAUCACAGACAAACUCAAGCUGUUCUUGACAUACCAAGUAUCAGUUUGGGUCAAAGUUGGUUCGGGCGUUACUAGUCCACAAAAUGUUAAUGUCGCACUUGGUAUCGAUAGCCAAUGGGUAAAUGGAGGACAAGUCGAGAUCAACGAUGAUAAAUGGCAUGAAAUUGGUGGUUCUUUCCGAAUUGAGAAGCAGCCUUCUAAGGCUUUGGUUUAUGUUCAAGGACCUUCUUCUGGUGUUGAUCUAAUGGUCGCUGGCUUGCAGAUUUUCCCGGUGGAUCGGCUUGCGAGAGUCAAACAUUUGAGAAGACAAUGUGACAAGAUCCGUAAGCGUGAUGUUAUCCUCAAAUUCUCGGGUGCUGAUGCUAGCAAACUUUCUGGAGCUACAGUUAAAGUUCGACAGAUAAGGAACAGCUUCCCUGUGGGAACUUGCAUCAGCAGAUCAAAUAUAGAUAACGAAGACUUUGUUGAUUUCUUCUUGAAAAACUUUAAUUGGGCGGUUUUCGCAAACGAGUUGAAAUGGUACUGGACGGAACCAGAACAAGGGAAGCUUAAUUACCAAGACGCAGACGAUAUGCUCAACUUGUGCAGUAGCAACAACAUAGAAACCAGAGGACAUUGUAUCUUCUGGGAAGUGCAAGCCACUGUUCAGCAAUGGAUCCAAAACAUGAACCAAUCCGAGUUAAACAACGCAGUCCAAAACCGCCUAACCGGUCUUCUAAACCGAUACAAGGGGAAAUUCAAACAUUACGACGUGAACAACGAGAUGUUACACGGAUCUUUCUACCAAGACAAGCUAGGGAAAGACAUUAGAGUCAACAUGUUCAAGACCGCACACCAACUAGACCCAUCUGCGACAUUGUUUGUGAACGAUUACCACAUAGAAGACGGGUGUGACCCAAGAUCUUGCCCUGAAAAGUACAUCGAACACAUUCUUGACCUGCAAGAAAAGGGUGCGCCAGUAGGAGGAAUCGGGGUUCAGGGGCAUAUCGAUAGUCCGGUAGGUCCAAUCGUAUGUUCAGCUUUAGAUAAACUAGGAAUCCUUGGUUUACCGAUAUGGUUCACGGAAAUGGAUGUUUCGUCGAUAAAUGAGCAUGUAAGGGGAGAUGAUUUGGAGGUAAUGAUGUGGGAAGCUUUUGGUCAUCCUGCGGUCGAAGGUAUAAUGUUAUGGGGAUUUUGGGAGUUUUUCAUGGCCAGAGACAACUCUCAUUUGGUGAAUGCAGAAGGAGAUGUUAAUGAAGCUGGUAAGAGGCUUUUGGCUGUGAAAAAAGAUUGGCUCUCUCAUGCUAAUGGACAUAUCGAUCAAAACGGUGCGUUUCCUUUUAGAGGGUACCAUGGAAAUUAUGCUGUUGAAGUGAUUUCUAGUUCGUCUCAAAAGGUUCUUAAAACGUUUGUUGUUGAAAAGGGAGAUUAUGCUCAGGUCAUUACUGUGGAUCUUCAAGGUUUGUGAUGCUUUUGUGUGAUACAUGUGUUUAUGCGUGUGUAGAAAGGUAUUUAUUUUAAUAAUGGUGAUUUUAAUAAUGGUUAUUUAAAGAGCCAGUAACUCAUAUUUAUAUUUUAAUAUUAACCUAAU